CUCUUAAAAAAAGGGUACUGAACGAUGGGUAAUCAAUGACACGAUAUUCGAUAAGCACCUAAGCGGCCAGCACCCAAGUUGCAGGAAUAUCUUUUCACUUCCUUAUUUCAUAGAUUCACAUAUAUAUAUAUAUACCCUCUCUCUCUCUUCGCCGGCCAAUUUUCCCGGUUGCCGGAAAUUGGAAGGUAGAAAUUUCUUGAUAAUUGCCGACGAAAACCCUAAUAUAUUUAACAAUCAAUCAAUCAUGUCCAAUUUAAACGAGGAAGAGGAAAGUCUCGCACAAUUUCUCGAAUCUGAGGUCCUCUCCGUAGUUUCCGAUCAGGAAGAAGACCCAAACGAGGAGAGACCACUGAAGAGGAUGUGUGCAGAGGAUAUUUGUAGAGGUAUUGAAAAUGAUGCUCGUGCUACCCAUGAAGAUAUGGAGUCGAAGAUUGAGGGUAAUAAUGCUUACAAAAUGGCUAGUAGGAGGAUUGAAAUGGGUUUGUUAAGCAAGAUACCUCCCGAGCUAUUCCCACAUAUUUUCAAGUUCUUGUCUUCUGAAGAUCUAGUAUCAUGUUCUCAAGUAUGCAAGUUUUUGAGUUAUGCAGCAUCUGAAGAAUCCCUUUGGUGUCGUUUGUAUCGCUUGCGUUGGGGAUUGUUGCCGUGUAGAAAAAAUAUGAGGGACUGUGCCUGGAAAAAGCUGUAUAUACAACGUGAUGAAGAGGAUAUGGUUCAAUCUGUGAGGAACUGUCCUCCUGAGUUUAAAGAGUAUUAUCUCCAAAUGUAUGCUGCUAAAAGAAGUCAAGCUCCACUACUUUCUCAGGUCAAUGACGAUUACAAUAUUCUUGAUGAAACGAUUGCUGAUCAAGUGUCUAUAUGGAAGAGAAAGAAAGGCUUCAGUGAUAAGAUCGUUACUGACCAUACUUGUUCUGGGGAUGUCUGCUCAUACUUUCAAAUUGGGGAUGCUUUUAUCUGUGAAAAGACUGGCAAUGUCCAUGUUUGUGAUGACACAUGUAAGGAACUUAUCACUCCUGAAGACCCGCUUUUGGUUUGUACUAUAACAGGCCGCUGCUUUGACCGCGUUGUGUCGCUUUCUGAAACGGAUGGAGAAACUGAGGAGGAGCAACAGGAAGGUGUUGUAACCGACGAAGCUGAACCGUUCAUGGGAGCAGGCCGUUUUGCAAGAGCUUAUCUGUUGGGAUAUAACUGUGAUGAUGAGAAGGAGCUUGAAGCUGCCUUGAGAUUUUGCUGAUAAUCUUGUAUCAUUUGGAGACCCAAGAUUUUAUAGUUUCUAUCUUGAUGAUAAAUAACGCCUCAAAGUAGUUAAAAGUAGGGAUAUAUGGGAUUAUAUAGUUGGUGAAGGCUUUUCCGUCCACCUUUGUUAAUAGGGCUUUGAUUUUCAUCUCUUACAGAAAGAUUAAUUCUCCUUCCUCUUGAUCGAAGAGGAUUUUCAUACCCGGAAUUAAAAAAAAGCCUGUUUAUUGACUAUAUUUAGUUGAGUUUAACCACCUUAGUUAGUAAAAUCUCAAAUAUUUGUUUUAAUGUGAUCUCUACUAGCUAGACUUUUUUAGAGCAAAAUUGUUUUCAUUUUUAAAUUUAACAACUAU